GUACUUAAAUUUAAUGGGUUUUGAAUCAGUAACAGUAAAGUUGGUCGUUUAAUUAAUGGCAAUUUGUAUGAACUGUCACCACGCCAAUGGACAGUCGCCGCCGUUACCGCCACCGCACCAUUCUCGGCGCGUCGUAAAUCUCCUCCACCCCAUUGCGUCAAUUCCAAGCUUCCAAUGAACAAUUGCCACGUGUCACUGCCAAUUCACCGUCAAACAUGAAUAUCAGUGACGAACGAUUUCGGAGUGGAACGAAUCAGGGAAAUGGAUUACUUUCUGUAAAUUCCUGGAAUCUCAACUCCAUUUCGUAAAUAUAAAAUUAAAAAAUAUUGUUCUUUUUGAAUUUCUUGUUUAUGUCGUGAUCGAUUUUUUUUUACUAGCAGAAUCCCUACUUUUCUUCAAUUGCAAUUCUCCUUUUUCCGUUUCACGGUUGAGAAUUCAUGAUUCCGUAUUAGAGGAAUCGAUCCGAUUAAACUAAUUUCACUUUUCGUCUGUAUUAAAUACCAGAGUUGCUAGGUUGAGGAACGUAAUUUCAAGCUGCGAUCGGCUUUUUUUUCCUGAACAAGCAAAGUAAGGUUGUGAGUUCGAGUUAGCAAGGAACGUUGCGAUGGGGUUUGAUGAAAGUCAGCAGUCUGAUCCAUUGGUUGUGAUACGCAAUGGAAAGGAGAUCAUAUUGCAGGCAUUCAACUGGGAAUCUCAUAAACAUGAUUGGUGGAGAAAUUUAGAUAUGAAAGUUCCUGAUAUUGCAAAGUCUGGUAUCACAACUGCUUGGCUGCCUCCGGUGUGUCAGUCAUUGGCUCCUGAAGGUUACCUUCCACAGAACCUUUAUUCUCUCAAUUCUUCAUAUGGUUCUGAGGAUCUCUUAAAAGCUUUACUUGAUAAGUUGAAGCAGUACAAAGUUAGAGGGAUGGCAGACAUAGUCAUUAACCAUCGUGUUGGGACUACCCAAGGGCAUGGUGGAAUCUACAAUCGCUAUGAUGGAAUUCCUAUGUCUUGGGAUGAACAUGCUAUUACAUCUUGCACUGGUGGAAGGGGUAACAAAAGCACUGGAGACAACUUUAAUGGAGUUCCAAAUAUAGAUCAUACACAAUCCUUUGUCCGGAAAGAUCUCAUUGACUGGAUGCGGUGGCUAAGAUCCUCUGUUGGCUUCCAAGAUUUUCGUUUUGAUUUUGCCAAAGGUUAUGCUUCAAAGUAUGUAAAGGAAUAUAUCGAGGGAGCUAAGCCAAUAUUUGCAGUUGGAGAAUACUGGGACACUUGCAAUUACAAGGGCAGCAAUUUGGAUUACAACCAAGAUAGUCACAGGCAAAGAAUCAUCAAUUGGAUUGAUGGCGCGGGACAACUUUCAACUGCAUUCGAUUUUACAACAAAAGCAAUCCUUCAGGAAGCAGUUAAAGGAGAAUUCUGGCGUUUGCGCGACUCUAAGGGGAAACCACCAGGAGUUUUAGGAUGGUGGCCUUCAAGGGCUGUCACUUUUAUUGAUAAUCACGACACUGGAUCAACUCAGGCGCACUGGCCUUUCCCUUCACGUCAUGUUAUGGAGGGCUAUGCAUACAUUCUAACGCACCCAGGGAUACCAUCAGUUUUCUAUGACCAUUUCUACGAAUGGGAUAAUUCCAUGCAUGACCAAAUUGAAAAGCUGAUUGCUAUUCGGAGGAAUCAAGGCAUACACAGUCGUUCAUCUAUAAGGAUUAUUGAGGCACAGUCAAACUUAUACGCUGCAACCAUUAAUGAAAAGGUUAGCAUGAAGAUCGGGGACGGAUCAUGGUGCCCUGCUGGGAAAGAGUGGACUCUCGCGACCAGUGGCCAUCGCUAUGCAGUCUGGCAAAAGUAAUAUUAUAGCUACUCACUUAAUAUAUAUAUAUAUAUAUAUAUAUAUAUGUAUAUAUAUAUGUGUGUGUGUGUGUGUUUUUCAAAACCCGUGCACCUACUUCUAAUACUGGAUCCUCCUCUAUUGGUUUGGUUGGAGUGAUGACUUUUUUUUAUUUCUGUUCAUUAGACAUUGCAGAAUGUUAAUAAAAGUGUUCUUGAAUGCAAUGUAAUAAGGAGGUUUAGGUUUAUUUAUUCAGUUAUCCUUUUGUAUGAGGGAAGAAGCCAUUUUCAUGUCACAAAGAUCAAAGGGUUGUCUUUUGUUUCUUAUAUAAAAUGUGACAAUAUUCUGUUA